AUGGCAUCCGUAGACUUCAAGACCUACGUGGACCAAGCCUGCAGGGCUGCCGAGGAGUUUGUCAACGUUUACUACACCACCAUGGACAAGCGGAGGCGCCUGCUGUCCCGCCUCUACAUGGGCACCGCCACCCUGGUGUGGAAUGGAAACGCUGUGACAGGACAGGAGUCCUUGAGUGAGUUUUUCGAAAUGUUGCCUUCCAGUGAGUUCCAGAUCAAUGUGGUUGACUGCCAGCCUGUACAUGAUGAAGCCACCUCAAGCCAGACCACAGUCCUCGUUGUGAUCUGUGGAACAGUGAAGUUCGAAGGCAACAAACAGCGGGACUUCAACCAGAACUUCCUCCUGACUGCCCAGGCCUCACCUAGCAACACCGUGUGGAAGAUUGCAAGUGAUUGCUUCCGGUUCCAGGACUGGACCAGCUAG